AUGUCGUCAAGAAACAAUCUCGUACUAGUUCUAUCAUUCAUUCUAUGGACACUACAAAUCUCUUCUCCUCCUAUGUGUCUCGCUCUGAGUGUAAAUUAUUACGACCAUACAUGUCCUACAGUCGAUUUUGUCAUCUCAAACGUUGUCAAGAAAGCAAUGGCGAACGAUAACACUGUCCCCGCAGCAUUACUUCGCAUGCACUUCCACGAUUGCUUUAUUAGGGGUUGUGAUGGUUCGGUAUUGCUGAAUUCAACUAGCAAGAACCAAGCCGAGAAGGAUGGACCAGCAAACAUAUCGUUGCAUGCGUUUUAUGUCAUUGACUUGGCUAAGAAGGCAAUUGAAGCUAUAUGUCCCGGAGUCGUGUCGUGUGCCGAUGUUCUUGCUUUAGCAGCUAGGGAUGCUGUUCAUCUAUCUGGGGGUCCAAAUUGGAAUGUUCCAAAAGGAAGGAAAGAUGGAAGAAUAUCAAAAGCAGUUGAUACAAGGCAACUGCCAGCUCCAACUGCCAAUAUUUCCCAAUUGCAACAAAGCUUUUCCCAAAGAGGACUUUCCAUGGAUGAUCUUGUGGCUUUAUCAGGAGGGCAUACACUAGGGUUUGCCCAUUGUUCAUCAUUCCAAAACAGGAUUCAUAACUUCAAUAGACAUCCAAAUGGGGUUGACCCAUCGAUGGAGCCUACAUUUGCUGCUAGUUUGACUAGUGUGUGUCCGGCUCACAAUAAGGUUAAGAAUGCCGGUUCGACGCUGGACCCCACAUCGACCGCAUUCGACAAUGCUUACUACAAGGCACUUGUCCAAGGGAAAAGCAUCUUCACAUCGGACCGAGCGUUGCUUACAAACACUCGGACUAAGGGUCUUGUCGCGAAAUUUGCGUCGUCUCAAGGGGAGUUUGAGAAGGCUUUCGUUGAAUCGAUGAUCAAGAUGAGUAGUAUUAGUGGUGGGGGACAAGAAGUGAGGCUUGAUUGUAGAGUGGUUAAUUAGUAUAUGGUUAUUUGCAUUGUUAGUUGAUGUUUUUUUGUUAUUAUUGUUGUUGGGAUUAGUGAGCAAUUGUGUGUUUAAUUGUGGUUUGAUCAUUUGAGUACCUUCUUGGAUUUUUUAUUAUUAUUAGAUUUUGGGGAAAGUUUGUGGGUUG